AUGGUUGAUACGUGGCCGUUUGAAAGACUUCCGGGUUUCGGAGAAGGUUUUGACCUGGAUUGGAACCAUCUGUGCUGUGCCCGCAGCGGGUGCUGGUAUCACGACAACCUAAUAAACGUCUUCAUGAUGACCCUGGUGGAGAAGUUCAAGAACAACACAACGCUUUUCCUGCUGUCAUUGCAUACACCUGCGCCGAGUAAAGGCAAACGAAUCCCUCCGAGAACGCUGCGUUUGGUAGCAGCUGCUGACAAGGAUAUGGUAUUUAUGCCUUUGAACAUCAACGGAAAUCACUGGGUGCGCCUCGUUAUUGAUCGAUCAAGAACAACUAUCUACUGCUUCGAAAGUUUCAACAAGCGGCCGAACCAGAAUCUACUCGCAGCCCCGAUUCAAAAGGACAGCGAUAACUGUGGUCUAUUCAUCAUCUUGCACUUCUGGAGACGAUUCGUUAAGGAAAUGAGAAGUGAUUACACGACGGUGGGAUUGCUGCGCCGGCAGUGGGACGUUCUUCGGACCGUGGUGGACUUUAGCGAUGCGAGUAAAGGUGAACAGGACUAA